CGAAUUUAUUCCGAAUUUUUUUUUUCCCCUCGAUGGAAAAUUCGUUUCCAUGGGCUCUGGGUCGUUUCCCCUGCGCGGCCUUGCUUUUACCAUUCAAAGCCCUGUCCAGGGAAUUCCCUUUAUUUUUACAUGUUUUCCAGGAAAUUCCCUAAAUUUCGACCAGAUUCCCAGGAAAUUCCGAGUAAAAGAAAGAAGUUUUCCAAUUCGAAGCGGCUCGGCCCCGGCCCACUAUUUCGAUCCUCCGUACAGUACUUUCGAGUGCCCGCUACGGAAACCGCGAUACUUAAACGCAAUUUAGGUUACUGAAGGAGGACAAUAUUUAGUCCAUUUUCGAUGAGACCGAGAGAAACGACAAAAACUCAAAAAUGAAAAUUUUUUGUUAAUUUUCAAAAGGCAGAGCAUAAAUGAAGCCAAAGCAGUUUACGAAAAUAGAGUAUUGAAUUACGAGAGUGGAAUCAUCAUAUCUCCCGCCUCUCCGAGGGGUCCAACCACUUGUGAAGAGAUUGAACACUUCAUUUCAACGCGUGUCAUCGUUCAAUCGCCUCUAGUCCGUGCAGAUAAAGCGCGACCGAGCAUCCUUUAAGGUGAAGUGCAACAGAGAGCAAAAAUGAAUCCCCUCGGGUUGGGGACGUUGCUGUGCGGGAUGUUCCUGCCGUGGGUGACCCUCGGCCAGGAGUCCCUGUGCGACCAGAGCGAUCCCAGGACCAUCUACGAGUUCCAAGAGGAACUCCUCGACGGUUCCAGGAAUGUCAGCCUCUCCGAGUUCCGCGGGAAGGUUUCACGACUUUCAGUUCAUGAUGUAUCUCCCAUCAUUGAAGUUAUUAUUCCAGCCUGUCUUACAUCUAACGAUCCAGGUGGUGCUGAUCGUGAACGUGGCGACAUUCUGAGGCCUCACGUCCGCCACCUACCCCGAACUGAACGCACUCCAAGAGAAAUUCCGGGGCGAGCUCGUCGUGCUCGGAUUCCCCUGUCACCAAUUCGGCCUGAGCAUGAUUAUUCUCUGAUUUUAUUUCAGCAAGAGCCGGGAGCGACGCUGGAGGAAAUCAUGAACGGAAUUAAACACGUGAGACCCGGGAAAGGCUUCGAGCCCAACUUCCCCCUCUACAAGAAGAUCGAGACCAACGGGAAGGGCCAGCAUCCCCUCUACGAGUACCUCAAGACCGUGUGCCCGUCAACGACGAACAAGUUCAGCCGCACGGAUCGUCUCUUCUAUCAGCCAUUGGACAACCGAGACAUCCGCUGGAACUUCGAGAAGUUCCUCGUCGACGGGAACGGGAAGCCGUUCAAGCGGGUCCACCCCAACCAGCUUCCCUCGACCAUGGAGAAGGACGUGGCCCUCCUCGUCCAGCGGCUACGGGAAGACGCGACGACUGCGACGAACGUAGCGACGAAUGCGACCGUCACCCACCCCUUAUUUCCCUCAUCCGGCUUCACAUAAAAUGGAUCUCGAGAGAGUGCACGAGUAUAGGGUAGGCAUCCAACGAAGGAGCUCAACGAUCAGGAUCGACUGUUAUCACGAAUCGAGGGGGAGCUUAUAGGAUACUAUUUCCAUCACCAUCCGGACAGUUGGUGAUGGACAUUAGAAACCUCUCUCAAACUUCACUGGGUCCAAAUAACUCUCUAUAAUGACAUUAUGGAAGCAGGUAAUACAGUUGGCCCGAACGGGAUGGCUAGCAUGGGGGAAUCGUGACUUCUAAUUUUCCAUCAAAUACUUUCAUUUUUUGGACUUUUCUUUUGAACUGAUUGACAAACUAACCGAAAAUGCGACGAAUAUUUUAAUCCAGUGCAUAAAAAUGAUUCCGAACGCGACAAAAUACCCCAAUAAAUUCCCGCUCCUCAUUAACCUCUGUUAAGCCCAAUUAAGCGCAAUCCAAUGUACUUUCGUUUUGGGGGAUUUUCUUUUGAAACUGCAUUCCUGUCUUGUGUUGUGGGCAUUCGCGAAUUGACAACAUGCUUCCUGAAGGUGGUCGUAAAUUUGAUGAAUAUUCAAGUUUAUAAUGAAUUUGAAGAAAGAGAAACAUCGCAGUUCUACUCUCCGCUGACAAUAUGCAUUUUUCCAGUUUUGAAGGAAUCUUGAUUUUAAUCCAAAAAUUUCCCGUAUUUAGUGUCGUUUCGGGCCAUCCAUUUGCGACUGUGGUGACAUCGGGGGACAGGACCUCGCGACACAAAUGACGGGGUCCUCAGAAACUCCCGUAGGAGCGGAGGAUCCCCGAUGCCCUUGCUCGCAGGGUCCUUCCUCGGGGGAGACCUCCUUCGUGCGUUCGGCGUCCCCUCGGGAACCUCUGCGAGUCUCGGCCGCGCCGCCCCUGUCCUUCCCCUGUCGCGGCGGUCCAUUGAGCUUCCCAAUCGUACCAAGCAAUAAAACCCUCAUCGCAAUA